AUGAAAAUCCGUCAUCUCCUUCAUGAUGAGUUCGAUUCUUCUCAGGAAACUUUAUCCCCAUUUGACUUUCAACAAGUUAGACCAUCGUUUCUUAUAUCUUCCGAUAAGCAACAAUCAAAUGGAAUACUUGAUCAAGGAUCUACUAGCUAUGAUUUUGGCAAACCCAAAGAGAUGGCAGAUAACAUCAUGUCUCCUUCGGCACAAAAGUAUAACGCCAAUGAUAUCGAAUUUUCUCAAUUUUUUAACGAGGUUUCAUCUGUAACCAGUCUUGAUAAUGAAGAAAAAGAAACCAUAAAAUCCACCUCUUUUCUACCACAAUUUCAAACUUCCGUUGAACUUCCUCCCCUGCAAUCGUUGUCAAACUUCACCACCGACCUACAAUCAUCUUUUUGUUCUUCAUUUCUUGUUUCCUCCAAAGAAGACAUAUUACUUAAGGAUCCUGAAUUGUGGUCUCAAUUUUAUCGCGUCGAUAAUGAAAUGAUUAUCACAAAGGCGGGAAGAUGUAUUUUUCCUUUAUUAAAAUUUCAACCUGUAAAUUUAGAUCCAACCGUAAAUUAUUCUUUUGUGAUUGAUUUUGUUCAAGUAUCAGCAAAUCGUUAUAGGUUUAAAAAAGGAAGUUGGGUUUGUAUAGGCCUGGAUAAACGUAGAUUUUUAUCAAACAACUUUAACAAGCAAGGUGGUAAACUACCCAAAAUAGGCUCAGUUUGUGGAAAUCCAUACACUCAUCCGGAUUCUCCGCAACCAGGCAAAUGA